CACACAAAAGAUAUGAGUGUGUGUGUGUGUGUGUGUGACCAUGCAUAUAUAUAAAGAGACAUUUGCACUUGAAAGUUGAAACAAAUCACAACAAAUAUUCUGAUCCCCUCCUAAAUAAUAAUAUUUCCUUAAUAUUCCAAGUCAUGGAAUAUUUCUUAAAGAUCUUCUGUCUCUUUUCUUUAUUCUAUUCCAUUUUAAAACUUUUCAACUUGAUUCUUAAACGUAGAAGCCAAUCAUGUUACAUGUUAGCCUAUGAGUGUUUCAGACCAAAAGAAGACACAAAACUCAACACAGAUUCAGCUGCUAAAAUAGUCAUGAGAAACAAAAACCUAGGUCUAGAGGAAUUUAGAUUCCUCCUUAAAACCAUGGUUAGUUCAGGAAUCGGUGAGAACACAUACUGUCCAAGAAACGUUCUUGAAGGAAGAGAAACAUGUCCAACUCUCAAAGACACAUAUGAAGAGAUAGAUGAAAUCAUGUUUGAUACACUUGACAACCUCUUCAAAAAAACAUGUUUCUCUCCUUCAGAAAUAGACAUUCUUGUUGUCAAUGUUUCUUUGUUCUCACCAGCACCUUCACUCACAGCAAGAAUAAUAAACAGAUACAAAAUGAGAGAAGAUGUAAAAGUCUUCAAUCUUGCAGGAAUGGGGUGUAGUGCAAGUGUUGUUGCUAUUGAUCUUGUUCAACAGCUUUUCAAAACAUAUGAAAAUUCCCUUGGAAUUGUUGUGAGCACAGAAGAUCUUGGUUCUCAUUGGUACUGUGGAAAAGACAAAAAAAUGAUGCUUUCUAACUGUCUUUUUCGAGCAGGUGGUUGUUCCAUGCUUUUCACAAACAAAACAGAACUGAAAGAUAGAGCCAUCUUGAAACUGAAACACAUGGAAAGAACACAGUAUGGUUCUGAUGAUGAAGCUUACAAUUGUUGCAUACAAAUGGAAGAUGAAGAAGGGUUUGCAGGUUUUAGACUAACAAAAAGUCUUGUUAAAUCUGCUGCAAAAGCUUUGACAGUAAAUUUACAGUCUAUGGUCCCAAAGAUUCUACCACUUUGGGAACUGGUCAGGUUUUUCAUAAUUUCACUACGCAAUAGUAUGAAAAAAGUUGAAUUUGGAAAUAUUUUUAUUUUGUUUUUUAACCUUGGUAAAAUGGUUAUAAAACCGAAAUUUAAUAUGUUGGGAGGGGGUUUGAAUUUGAAAAGUGGAAUUGAACAUUUUUGUGUUCAUCCUGGUGGUAGGGCAGUUAUUGAUGGGGUUGGUAAGGGUUUAAAAUUGAAUGAAUAUGAUCUUGAGCCAGCUAGGAUGGCACUUCAUCGUUGGGGUAAUACUUCUGCUGGUGGAUUAUGGUAUGUUUUAGGUUAUAUGGAAGCAAAAAAGAGGCUUAAGAAAGGUGAUAGAAUUUUGAUGAUUAGUCUUGGAGCAGGGUUUAAGUGUAAUAAUUGUGUUUGGGAGGUUAUGAAGGAUUUGUCUGAUACUAAUGUUUGGAAAGAUUGUAUUCAGAGUUAUCCUCCAGAUACACUCAAUAAUCCUUUUAAGGAAAAGUAUAAUUGGAUUAAUGAUGAAUAUCUUAGCUUUGUGAGGUUGGAUUUUAGUACUAUGGUGUUUAACUAAUUAGGAGAGAUGCAUGGGAUUCAUUAUCAUCAUACACACAGAUAUAGCUAGCUAGCUUGGUUAAUUUAUUAAUUACAAAUUGUGUAGGGGGAAAAAAGAAUUGAUUGAUAAACUCAAACUACAUAUACAAUUAGUUUUACGAAGUUGAGUUAUGUUUACAACUUUUCAGAAUAUUUGUUCUUGUCCAUGUUUAAACAUAUAGUCUUGUAUUAUUAUUUUGAUUAGAGGAGGAGAAAAGCAAGUGUAACUUCAAAACCCUAUGUAUUGUGCUAUUAUUUGAUGAAAUAAAUUAGUUCAUGUCAUUAAUAUGUA